AUGGACGUCUCUAAAGUUAUAUUUGCAUCCUGCUAUUUAUUUUUGUUUGCUUACUCAUGUGAUUUUUCUCCUGAAGACUGUGGGGCUUUUGCGCCUGGUGAUAUACUCCUAGGAGGACUUUUUCCUUACUACGCGAGGGUGGAAAAUCUGUCUAAUUACUCUGAACCUGUAAGCUUAAGCUGUUCACAAUUGGAUAUCAAAUCAUUUACUAGAAGUCUUGCUAUGGUGUAUACCAUUAACAGCAUAAAUGAGCAAAAUCUCUUACCUGGAAUUAGACUGGGAUAUAUAAUAUGCUCCACCUGUGCAUCAGCAAGUAAAGCAAUUCAAGCAACAUUAGGCUUCUUAUCAAAAAAUGGCACCUUGCCAGUAAGCUGCAGUUAUGAAGAUUACUUGCCAGUGGUGAAAGCUAUAAUUGGUGCAGGCUACUCAGAGGAAUCGAUUGCAAUAGCUAAUAUUUUAGGUCGAUUCCUGAUGCCACAGGUAAGUUAUGCUUCAUCUGCUGCUGAUCUGAGUGACAAACUAAGGUAUCCAUCCUUCUUUCGUACAGUGCCCAGUGAUGUUUACCAGACUGAAGCCCUGGCUCAGCUGUUCAGUAGUUUAAACUGGAACUGGGUUGGAAUAAUUUCCAGCGAUGAUAGCUAUGGUGUGUCGGCUUUACAAAGUUUUCUAUCUAAUGCACAGAAUGUGGACAUUUGUGUUGAAUACCAGCUAACGAUUUCGUCAUUUGUUGGUACUCCAGGCAGCAAUUCGAAAAUAACAGAAGCUGUACAGACAAUAAAGUCUUCCACUGCAGAGGUUAUUGUUGUGUUUAUGAAAGCUGAACUGGUAAUUCAACUUUUAACUGAGGUAAUCAACCAGAACAUAUCAAAAACAUGGAUUGCAAGUGAUGCUUGGUCUACUUCUACCAUUGUGGCUCAAAUAAAUGAUUUUUAUAAGGUAGGAAACAUCUUUGGAUUCAGUUUUAAAAAUGGAAUAAUUGAUGGUUUUGAAGAUUACUUAAGAAACCUGACACCAGGGCCUAAUGCAGUAAAUGCAUUCAUUGAAGAGUAUAAGAGGAGUCGAUUUGGUUGUAAUGAAAAUCUUACAGACAGUUCUGAAUGUAUGUCCAGCUCUUCGGGUUGUGCUCAGUCUAGUUCAAUUCAAAUAUCAUCAGAAGAGGCAUGCAAAAUUAAGAAUCCAUUGGAGGCAAAUGAUGACUUUUUAGUGAAGAAUCUUGACCAUGGAGGAACAUAUAGCACCAACUUAGCCGUGAUGGCAAUAACCAAAGCUUUGCAAAGUCUUCUAAAAUGCAAUGGAACUGUUUGCAACCAAAGUUUAAAUUUUCCACCAUGGAAGCUGUGGGAACAAUUAAAAAAAAGUGAAUAUUUUGACAGUUCAGGUGACUCUCUCAAUGGGUAUGAUCUCUUAUACUGGGACAUCAGAAAUGGCAAUUCCAACAACUUUCUGAAAGUUGUUGGGAACUACAGCAUUAUAAACAACACUGUCACAGUGAUUCAUUCCCAAAUCAAUUGGAAUACCAAAAAUAAAAUGCCACCAAAUUAUAGAUGUUCUGAACCCUGCAAAGCUGGAACUGUGAAAAAUAUUUCCAAAAUUUCUUGUUGUUUCACAUGUGUUCCAUGUCCAGCAGGAUAUUUUUCAGACUCUGAUGAUAUGCAAAAGUGCACGCCAUGUCAAACUUACCAGUGGUCAGAAAUUGGAAGUGCACUUUGUAAGAACAAGACAAUUGAGUAUCUACGUUGGGAUGAUGGAUUUUCCAUUGUUUUGCUGUCAUUCACAGCCCUUGGUUUUUUGGCACUGCUGUUUACAACUGUGGUAUUUACACUGCAUUUUAAAACACCUGCCGUCAAAGUAGCAGGGGGAGACAUGAGCUACAUUAUAGUGGUAUCCCUCAUGCUUAGUUUUGGUAGUGUAUUUUGCUUUUUUGGAUAUCCCAGUUUUUACAGCUGCAACAUCCAACAGCCCUUAUAUGGAAUCAGCUUUGCCCUUUGUGUUUCAUGUAUCUUGGUUAAGUCCCUAAGAAUAUUCCUUGCAUUCAAGUGGAAAUUUGAAAAUGGAAAGAAACUGUUUAAACCUUAUUUUAUUAUAACAUUUUUCACUGGACUGCAGGGCUUUCUCUGCUGCAUGUGGUUAACAAUGAGGUCACCAUCAGUUCAAAUAAAAUAUUCUGACAAAAGCAUUUUAAUUCAGUGCGAUCAGGGCUCAUCAGAAGCAUUCGGUAUCAUGCUGGGCUACAUUGGAUUUUUGGCUUUGAUAUGUUUCCUUCUUGCUUAUAAAAGCCGGAAGCUGCCACGCAGGUACAAAGAGUCGAGCUUCAUUACAUUCAGCAUGCUGGUCUAUUUAUUUGUAUGGGUUAGUUUUAUUCCUAUCUAUAUAAAAACUACAGGUGUGUAUCAACCAGCUAUCCAAGUAGCAGCUAUUUUGGCUUCCAAUUACGCAGUUAUUUGCUGCCAUCUUAUGCCUAAAUGUUAUAUAAUAUUGUUUAAGAAUGACUGCAAUAAUCCGGAGUCUUACAUAAAAAGUAUACGUGACAGCAUACGCCUCCAUGGUACAAAAUUAUCAGUGAUACUCACUAAUAAUGCUGAAAAGGCUAACACACCUACACACAGGAAUCUAGAAAAGUAUGCCAACAAGUUACGAAGGAGACACAAAAGCUGUUAGACAAGCCCAUGUUCCUUAUAUUCACCAUACUGUGUUUUGAACAAAUAGAAUGCUAGUGUAAAUAAGAUACUGUAAAUGUAUUCAGCAAAAUUUUCCAAUAAACUAAACCAUUUGCAAAUGUCACCUAGGGGCAAAUCAAUGACUUUAUAUUUUUUCAAAGUUCUUUUUUUUCUCAAACAUCUCCGGUCACUGAGACCCUAAACAGGACAAAGUGGGGACAGAUAAUGAAUCUGUGUAGUUCCUGUAUAAUAUUCUAAAUUCUUAUUUGAGUCAUACUGUGCCUGUGAAUUAUUAAGUGCAUAACUCAAAUGCAUACAAACUGAGACAUUUCUGCUUAUAAAGGAAUUAAGAGAAGAGAACAGACUCAGAUUAAGGAUUGAGAGAGAAAGGUGAAGAGCGCCAUUAGACAGAGCUAGAGUCGGGAGGACAUAAUCAAUCCAUUCCCAUUAAAAAAAAAACAAAAAAACUUAAGGCCUCCGCAUUAAAGCAAUGAGGAUACACAACUGAAGAAGACCAU